ACCUCAGAGCGCUCCGAUUGGCUGAGGCCCAGCAGAGUCCAGGGAUAAAAGAGCAGCUCAGUCCUUCAGCACAUCAUCAUCAUCAUCGUCACCAUGGCCUUCCUCUGGAUCGUCUCCUGCCUCGCCUUCGUCAGCGCCGCCUACGGCUGCGGCGUCCCUGCCAUCCCCCCCCAGGUCACCGGCUACGCCCGCAUCGUCAACGGUGAGGAGGCCGUUCCUCAUUCCUGGCCUUGGCAGGUGUCUCUGCAGCAAUCUAAUGGCUUCCACUUCUGCGGAGGAUCUCUGAUCAAUGAGAACUGGGUUGUGACCGCUGCUCACUGCAACGUCAGGACCUACCACCGUGUGAUUGUUGGAGAGCACGAUAAGGGCUAUGGCUCCAACGAGGCCAUCCAGGUGCUGAAACCCGCCAAGGUCUUCACCCACCCCGGGUGGAACCCCCGCACCAUCAACAACGACAUAUCCCUCAUCAAGCUGGCCACGCCCGCCCGCCUUGGCACCAACGUGUCCCCCGUCUGCCUCGCCGAGACCACUGACGUCUUUGCCGCCGGCAUGACCUGUGUCACCUCCGGAUGGGGCCUGACCCGUUACAACGCUCCCAGUACUCCCAACAAGCUGCAGCAGGCCGCUCUGCCACUGCUGUCCAACGAGCAGUGUAAGAAACACUGGGGCAGCAACAUCUCCGAUGUGAUGAUCUGCGCUGGAGGAGACGGAGCCACCUCCUGCAUGGGCGACUCCGGCGGUCCCCUGGUCUGUCAGAAGGACAACGCCUGGACUCUGGUCGGUAUCGUCUCCUGGGGAAGCAGCCGUUGCUCCACCUCCACUCCUGCUGUCUACGCCCGUGUCACCGAGCUGCGUGGGUGGGUUGACCAGACUCUCGCCGCCAACUAAAGAGGCAGCAAACCAACCCCUGACCCCUGACCCCUGACCCCAGCCCGGCAUUCCCACCUCAGAGUGUGUCGACACUGAACGAUAAUAAAAACACUGAACAUCACUGA